CGAUGCUCCCGCCCUGCGCGCUGCUCCUCCUCCUCCACGCGGCGCGCGCCGCAGAGCGCUCCGAGGCCCCUGCGCCGGCCAACGCCUCCUGGGGCAACCUCUCCCUCUCCGACUGGCCCCGCCUCGUGGGCCGGGGGCGCCCCGGGGCGGAGUCCCAGCAGCCCGCGGCCAAGGCUCUGCUCGCCCUGGCCUACGCCUGCACCAUCGUCUGCUCCCUGUUCGGUAACGUCCUGGUCUGUCACGUCGUGUUCAAGGACCGGCGCAUGCAUUCGGCCACCAGCCUCUUCCUCGUCAACCUGGCGGUGGCGGACAUCAUGAUCACGCUGCUCAACACCCCUUUCACCCUGGUCCGUUUUGUGAACAGCACGUGGGUGUUCGGGAAAGGCAUGUGCCACAUCAGCCGCUUUGCCCAGUACUGCUCCCUGCAUGUCUCGGCGUUGACACUGACAGCCAUCGCUGUGGACCGCCACCAGGUCAUUAUGCAUCCAUUGAAACCCCGGCUCUCAGUCACAAAGGGUAUCAUCUACAUCACUGUGAUCUGGAUCAUGGCUGCAUUCUUUUCACUCCCUCAUGCUAUCUGCCAGAAAUUGUUUACCUUCAAGUACAGCAAGGACAUCGUGCGUUCCUUGUGCCUACCAGACUUCCCUGAGCCAGCUGACCUUUUUUGGAAGUACUUGGACCUGGCCACCUUCAUCCUGCUUUAUGUCCUUCCUCUCCUCAUCAUCUCUGUGGCCUACACCCGUGUGGCCAAGAAGCUGUGGCUGUGCAGCACAAUCGGUGAUGUGACCACAGAGCAGUACCUUGCCCUGCGGCGCAAGAAGAAGAAGACCAUCAAGAUGCUGAUGCUGGUGGUGGUCCUCUUUGCCCUCUGCUGGUUCCCUCUCAACUGCUAUGUUCUCCUCCUGUCUAGCAAGGUCAUCCACACUAACAAUGCUCUCUACUUUGCCUUCCACUGCUUUGCUAUGAGUAGCACCUGCUACAACCCUUUUAUCUACUGCUGGCUGAACGAGAACUUCAGGAUUGAGCUGAAGGCAUUACUGAGCAUGUGCCAAAGGCCACGCAAGCCUCAGAAGGAUAGAGCACCAUCCCCGGUCCCUACCUUCAGGGUGGCCUGGUCAGAAAAGAACAAUGGUCAGAGGGCUCUGCCAGCCACUAAGCUCUUGCCUUCCUCCCAGCUCUGGUCUGGGAAGACAGACCUGUCAUCUGUGGAGCCCAUUGUGGCAGUGAGCUAGAGAAGGUUGUAAAGAGACAGCAGGUGGGAUCUGUCUGCAGCUGAGAGGGGAAAAUAACCUGUCCUCUAACACAGGAUCUGUACAAUGCUGGAAACAAGUCCCUGCAGAAGCAAUAGGACUCUUGAUUUCCUGCAGAAAUGCCCAACCUCCCAGCUCCAUUUGAUGCAAAAACUAAAGGUCAACUGUCAACAGUCCUCUGUUUAUAAAUUCCUACCUGGGAGAUGCCGUGAGCUAUAGCACCCUGGAUCCUUGAGCAAGAGAACCAAGGGCAACCCCUACUCCAAUGGGGGUGGAAUCAUUCAGCUGGCUGCAGCUGCUGGGCAGCUGUCUUCAGCUUUUCCUACUGCUGACUGAACAUUCACACAGGAAAUUUGAGUGACUCUGAGUGUGGCUGACCCAAAAGCACAGAGCUCUGCUGAAGACAGGCUCACUGGUCAGUGAGGCAUUAGCAAGUGGAGUGGACAGAGGCUCCCAGCCUUGCCUUCUGAGGUCACUGGAGCUGUGAGGAGUCACAAGUCUUUAGUGGUCUGACCCUACACAUAACAUGAAAGAAUCAAUUUAGUUCCUUACAAAGAGAAAUUAUUAUUACCAUUUUGAAACAUGCAGCAAAGCAAAAAAAGGAAUUAAAAUUGCCCCCUAAUCUCAUUGAUUUGUGAUAACUUCUUUCAACAUGCUGUGGAUAUAUUUACAACUUUUUCCACUGUGUGUGUGUGUGGGGGGGGUGUGGGGGGUUUGUAUGCACACUUUUUUAAAAUUCUGAACUACACUUUGCCAUUUAAAUUGUAAUGAUCAGCAAGAAACAGAGGGGUAGCUGAGGACUUUGAACCCAUCUCCGAGGCAUAGUGUCUACCACAGUAGUAAGGAAGAAGGGAGAGAAGAACCCAAGAUGAGGAUUGUUGCCCCGCAGACAGAGCCUCCCUGUCAGUGGUGGGCAGGGCCUGGCCACAGUCUCUGCCUUCAGACGGAGACCAUCAAAGGCUCAGCCACAGGGUAUAACUCCUUCUUUCCUGCCAUCACUCAAAAAUAAGAGGGGUUGGAACAGUGUUCUGUUUUCACAGGAGAUGAGGAAGCAGGCUUUCCAUCGUGCUGGAAAUAAUUGUACUUAGGUACCACAUCCACACAUACUGUCUAGAUAGGCCAUUUCUUCUUCACAUUGUUUGAGUAAUGAGGUUUUUUUCACACCAGUUCCUGAAAGAAGACUCACUGUUAACUUCUCCUUAGCAAUUCAGGUGUCACUUCCAAAAUGUAUGGGAUCCUUAAAGAAACCUUUUUUCUUAAGGACCCACUUGCCAGAGAAAUCUCAUUCCAGAGACUGAAUGUUUUCAUCACUUUCCAUCUGGUCCUGAGUGACUCAUGGUGUCAUCCAGAGACAGAUGUGACAGGCAGAGUAGAGCUUAAUUCCAGCCUAGAAUAGUUGCUGUUGCCAUGCUGAGCUAUUUCCAUUUUAGCCCUGGAGAGAUCUGGAAAGCAAAGCAGGUAUCUGUAGCUGAGUGGAAAACUGAGGUUUGGGGUAGAAGGAGUUUGUGCAGUAUUCACUUAGACUUCUUGGCUGUUAGUUGAAACUAAACUUGGUUACACUGGCUGCUUCUCUUUAAUAAACAGUAGGGGUUCCUUAGUCUAUUGUAGGGGUUCCUUACUCUAUUGGAGUCACCACCUUAGGCUAUUAGAAAGUUUUCAAGAUAGAAAAAAAUCAGAUUACCUACUGAACUGUAAAUUAGAGGAAAUUACUUGCAUAGGGCAGAGAGUACUUUCUCAGUCCAAAGGGGUUCCCAGAUGGGGUUUUCAGGCCAAAUGGCUCAUGUGCAUAUCCUUUGUCUGUGUGAUGUCAAGAAGCAGCUAUUAGUUACAUCUUAAUGCUGCCAUGGAAACUCUACAAACCAGAAAUGAUAACAAGCAGCAGGGAUGCUGAAAGUGUGUCCUGUCCUCAGACUCAUGGGGAAAGCUUCUAUCUCCCUACUAUGAGUUUGUCCAUAAAUAUUGCCAACUCACUGUGGAAACCCUCAGGUCUAGGUCUCCAGCUGGUACCUAUCUGCAGCCUUCCACAUGUUCCCUGUGUAACUCAGAGCAAAAAUGACUUGUAAUUGUGAAUGUGAAAUUUGUAAAACUUAAGUUUUUCAAUGUGCUGUAGAAAAUGCAUUGUCAUUUGUUCUUGUCUCAGUAAAAGCGUUUUGGAUGUGUGAA